AUGGCCCAGGGCGAAGCAUCAGAGAGAGUGCGCGAGGCGCAGAAGGUGGUUUCGACCGAUCCUCGCCAGGCCGAGCAGAUUUACAAGGACAUCAUCUCCAAGCCGCCAUCAGUUACCUCUGACGCCGCCGUUCGGGAAUACGAGACAGCUUUGGUCAACCUGGGAGAGCUCUAUCGCGACGAGAAGAACACACAAGGCCUCGUAGACCUCGUAACUCAGAGCCGCACAGUUCUCUCUUCGUUCGCAAAGGCAAAGACGGCAAAGCUCGUCCGUCAGCUCCUCGACCUCUUCGAACCCAUUCCCGACUCCCUUGAUGUCCAGAUUUCCGUCACCAAGUCGUGUAUAGAAUGGGCCACAUCAGAGCGCCGCUCCUUCCUCCGCCAGAACCUCGAAACCCGCCUCGUCGCCCUGUACAUGGCCAAGCAGUCCUACUACGAUGCCCUGACCCUCAUCAACGGCCUCCUCCGUGAGCUCAAGCGCAUGGACGACAAGCUCGUCCUCGUCGAAGUCCAGCUACUCGAGUCGCGGGUAUACCACGCCCUUGGCAACAUCGCCAAGGCCCGCGCCGCCCUCACCAGCGCGCGCACGAGCGCGGCCUCCGUCUACACUCCUCCUCUGCUCCAGGCCAACCUGGACAUGCAGUCGGGCAUGCUGCACGCCGAGGACAAGGACUUCCAGACGGCCUUCAGUUACUUCAUUGAGGCGUUGGACGGCUACCACACGCAGGACGAGCCACAGCGGGCCCAGGCUGCGCUGCAGUACAUGCUUCUCUGCAAGAUCAUGCUCAACCUCGCCGACGACGUCAACCAGCUCAUGACCUCCAAGCAGGCCGUCAAGUACGCCGGCAAGUCGCUCGAGGCCAUGAAGGCCAUCGCCCGCGCCCACAGCAACCGAUCCCUCGAGGAGUACGAGCGCGCCCUGGCCGCCUACCGGUACGAGCUCGGCAGCGAUACCUUCAUCCGCAACCAUCUGCGACGCCUGUACGAUGCCAUGUUGGAGCAGAACCUGAUCAAGGUCAUUGAGCCCUUCAGCCGCGUGGAGAUUGAUCACAUUGCCAAGAUGGUCGGUUUGGAUACCCAGCAGGUGGAAAGGAAGCUCUCGCAGAUGAUCCUGGAUAAGGUGAUCAUCGGUGUGCUGGACCAGGGUGCCGGCUGCCUCAUCAUCUACGAUGAGACGCACCGGGAUGAUUCGUACGAUGCGGCGCUGAAGACCAUCGAGAAGCUCAGCAAUGUGGUUGAUGUUCUUUAUACGAACCAGGCCUCUCAACUUGAGUAA